AUGAAAGGAAGAGCAAGGCCCGAGGUCUUCGAUGCUGAGGCAUCUGCAAACUUCAAUCGCCAACUUAUUGGUGCAGUUCUGAAGCAGUGCCCACAGCUGGCUGAUCAAAUGGUGAAGAUCUUGAAGUUGCUGAAAGGUUUGCAGAUCCAAGGAGUGGCUCCCAUGCAUUCCUUCCUCGGUUUGCUGCAGGAUGGCAUCACAUGUACACAACAGGGCAAGUGGUGGGCAUGGCAUAGCAAGAAGGCUAAAGACUCGCGGAGAAAGGGAGGCACCAAGGAAGCAAAGCUCGACAAGUCGACGGGAAUGGUCACGAAGAUGAUGGUACAAACCAUGGGAAUUUGCUCAGCAUUGGCGGCCGUGAUGAACAAGGCAGCUGUCCUUAUCCUCGAGCGGGUUAAUCAGGCAGGCGGAGCGGCAUCAGUGCGAAGCGGGAAAAGCCACAAAAGCGCCAAAAGUGCCAAAAGUGCCAAAAGUGCAAAAAGUCAAAGGACCCAAGAAUCCACAAAUGUUGAAGAGACAGAAGAUCCUCGUGAAUCGCGGGACAGCCUGAGUGUUAUUUGCACUGAAGCCAUUUUUGAAGCGUUGGAGUGGGAAGUAGAUUGGACAGCUCCAUCUUCUUCGAACUACGGAAUCAAUGCAGGGCCGCUGAAAAAGAAGUUGGAUGAGCUGGCCAAGAUUUUGGCUGGCACCCAAACUGGAGCGAUUCCCGAGGCGCUUGAGACGGUUAUGCACACACCAGUUGAACUCGCUGAAAUGUCCGUGAGACAAGCAGCUUGUUCCAGAGAGGCAGCCGAAACUGUGGAGCGUGCAAGGCGCAAUCACCUUUGUCCUUUGAACGGCCCAUUAGCCAACGAGCUUGCGAUUCUGACUGUUCUGGCAUUAGUGCAGGCAGCUCCCAUGAACCUUGACUGUCAACCCAGCAAUGAAAAGACCUUGCAGCGAAUAGAUAUUUGUGUGCUUCGAAGUGGGCUCGAAGUUGCAACUGCUGAAGUAAAAGGUGAUAUAGCCAAAGCGAGGAAGGAGAUGAUGAAGCAAGGAAGAACCCAAAGAAAACCUGGCAAAAAGUGGCUGGUUGGUGGGCGCUUUGGCAACCAGAGCACGGAACCGGUGACAAUUGGCAAGAUCUUGAGCACUCAGAAGGACCUGCCACCUGCGGAUAUUUGCGCUCUCUUGGACUUUCAAGAUCCUACUGUCCAAAGCAGUCUUGACCGUGGUGGUGAUGAUAGUGAUGAAGAAGCGAGAAAGCGAGCUGACAAGCCAAAGCAUCGCAGGAAGGAAAAUGUGCACAUUCUCCCACACAAACCAACCUUUGGAUCUAUGAGCACGUUGCGAUUUCAACUGAAUGUUCUUCGGUAUGUGCUGGACUUCCAAAGCUUGCAAGAGGAAGCAAUCCAGGAGGAGGAGUUGAGACAAGAGGAACGGCAAAGAGAAAUCACUGAAGACGGCGAAAAUUGCACAGAACUCUUGACGUCAGGAGAAGUUGUCACUUUUGAUCCUUACUACUAUGAUAGCGUGGAAGAACUCAGCGAAAACAGCGAGGAGAGCAAGAGCAGCUCUGAGACCAGCUCUAGUGAGGAAAGUGAGGAUCACAGUGGAAGCAGCCAAGAUACAACAAAAGAAGUAUCGAAGUCACAGACUUUGCGUGGCUUCAAAGGAGGAGGACGAACCAAAAGAAUUCUGGCCGCGGGGGCGGCAGUAUCAUCCUUCUUCUCCAUGUUUCGAGGGAGCGAAGAAGCGCAGAGAGCUCGAAUGAGGGCCCGUGUGGCCCGCAGAUUUCGUGAGCUUGAUGAAGACGGUGAAGGUAUUCAGCUGGCUGAUGUGGCAACUCUUUUGACUGAUGUUCUGGGCCUGCAAUUGGACAGAGAUGCAAUGCUCCGGCUGGCCGCAAACGUCUUUGAUAAUGCGGAGAAGAAUGAGCAAGAACUUCUUCAACUGCCGGAAGUGUUGAAAUCUCUCGAUUCUGUAACCACAGACUUUAAUGCUUUGGUGAAAAGGCGGCAGCAGCAUAGUUCUGGACAAUCGGGCGAGGAGGAAACUUCCUGGACAUGUGUACGGCGGUUAGCUGGAAUGGUUAUCCCGCCGGACUCUCCAGGGUUGAGAGCCUGGGAUUUGUUCCGACAGUUGGCGGUUGUUUAUUUCAUGCUGGAGAUCCCUAUGCGUUUUGCCUUUAUCAACUUCGACCAGUUGCCGCAAAACGAUGCAAGAGUUCUGCUGGCUCUCAACUUGUGCAUGGAUAUUUUCAUGCUGUUGAGCAUGAUGUUGACGUUCUUGCGAGGUUAUACCAAGAGCUCGGGGGUGACCGUAAUUGAUUUCCAUCAAAUCCGUGUUCGGUACAUGCUCAGUACAUUCAGUUGGGAUAUCCUGGCAUGCUUUCCACUGGAUCUCCUUGUGGCUGGCUUCCAGGCCUCUAGAGACUAUGCAACAUGGAGACUUUUUAAACUGGUGCAUUUGAGGCAUUUCUGGAGUGACUCGAGCCCAUCUCAAGGCAAGGAAGGAGGCUUCUUAGUGACGACUGUUCGGAUAAUGUUGCAAGUGUACGUGCUUUUGCACUUCACUGCUUGUGGCUUUUGGUACAUCAGCAAUGGUUGGCCUACAGAGCAGGAGCUGAUUGAACAGCAAAAUGUGGCCUCUGAAGCCAGCGGAUGGUUCCGCCGAUAUGAUGGAAUGGGUUUUGCGGCAGGGCUGUUCAACCAGGCAUAUGUGCCAGUGUUUGAGCAGUACAUGAUUUGCCUUUGGGCAAUGAUGUGCCUGCUGACAAAUGACAGUCAUUAUCAGAUCAGCUCGACGACUUGGCUGGAGCUUGGCUGGGUGAUCGGCAGUUUCGUGGUUUCUAUUGCUGUCACAGGUCACAUUGAUGGCGCCCUUGUUGGGAAGGUCAUCUCCCAAGAUCAAAGCACAGUGGAAGAUCGUGUGAUGCGAGCUCGGGUAGACAACUUCAUCCAAAAUGCAGGGCUGCCUGUUGAACUUGCAGAGCAGAUUCGUCUUUCCACUGAUGCUGGUCACAGUGUCAGCCGAGGCUCGAAAGCCGAGAAGUCUACGGCCACCGACAUACGGACCAUGGAGUCAGUUUUGCAGAGUUUGUCUCGCGGGUUGCUGACCCGAGUUGGCCGCCGCGUUUUCCUAAAGUGGCUUCAAGGGGUGCAGCUCUUCAAAGGGUGCUCGGAGCCAUUUCUUCUGCAGCUCGCCACCAGAUGUCGGCAGAUCACGCUAUCUGCAGGCUCCUUCAUUUGUAGAGUGGGUGAGCCCUCGUCCUUUCUGGUGAUUCUUCGCUAUGGCUCUGUUCAAAUCCGUGACACAAGCAAUGAAGAAAUCGAUCGAGCGGAGGAAAAGGGAACAGCAUUCUGCGAUAUCUCUUGCAUGUUUGGCUUGAGACACAAGACGUCAAUCAUUUGUGAGGAGGAGACGCAGCUUGUCAAGCUACAAGUGGAGGAUUUGAAUUUUGCGUUGGAACUGUACCCCAAAGACAGGGAGCAGAUCAACAACAACGUGCUGGAGAUCAUGCCAGAGACUGCUGAUUUGACAGAACAGGAGAACGACGGGGCAGCCAUGGGUGCCAUUGCGCCCAUCAUGGCGAACAUCAUCGGGACCAUGAGCGGGAUGGGAGACGACCAUGAUGAUGGGCGCCAGUCUCUCGACAGGCGGAAGCGUAGAGCCAUGGGCAAGGUGGACCUGGUUGCAGAUUUAUCCAUCCAUGACCUGAAUUUGGAAGGCGUUGCUCAUGUGCGAAAUGUGAUCAACAAAAUGUUAGAGGAGAAAGCGCAACAACGAGUCAGCGACUUUAUUGAGUUUGCGGCAAAUGGGAAGUGGGAGAAAAUGGAAGCGAUGCUGAAAGACCGCGAGGUCACGGUAGAUUCAAAAAAAUGGGAUUCCAGGAGUGCGUUGCACGUGGCUGUGUCGGAAGGCCACUUGAAUGUGGUAGAGCGGCUUGUAAGUGACUGGUCGGCCACCCUGACGCUCGAAGAUAGAUUUGGCAACACUCCUUUGGACGAUGCCGUGAGAGAACGCCGUGCAGAAGUUGCUGAGUUUCUGGUGGAGGCAAGCGCAGAGUUCAAAGGCGGCGUAGCAGCUGCGGUGCAACUCUGUGAAGCUGCAGCAGAGGGCGACACGUCUCAGCUGGAGCUGCUCGUCGAGGUGAUUGGGGUGGACCCAAACCUUGGUGACUACGAUAACAGGACUGCGCUUCACUUGGCUGCUUCCAAUGGUCAUUUGGAAACCAUCACGCGCAUGCUGGAGUUCGGAUAUCUGGAUGCUUGGUGGCAAGAGGAUCUCAGUCCACUGGACCGGUUUGGCCAGACUCCUUUGGAUGAUGCGAUUCGCCACGAGCACGUGGCCGUACAAAAGCUGCUUGGCAUGAGCUUGAACUUAUCGCUUCUUAAAAGUGAAGGCGCUCAGAUGGGCAGUGUCGAAUUCGGCGUUGCGCUCUGCGAAGCAGCCGCCAACAAUGAUACUGACAAAAUCAGGCAGAUGAUUGAAGCAGGUGUCAGGGCCGGGAUGGCCGACUACGACUAUAGAACGGCUUUGCAUUUGGCUUCCUCCAAUGGACAUUUGGAGACAUGUGUGUUUCUUUUGCGUGAAGGACGUGUAGAUCCAAAUCCUUUGGAUCGAUUCCUCAACACACCACUUGAUGAUGCCAUUCGUCAUGGACACAAAGAUAUAGUAGAGCUCCUGAUGAAAUACAAGGGGAGGCCGUCCGAUGACGAUGAAUACUUGAGCACAGUGAGGGAUGACUUUUUGAAGAAAAUGGAAGAAGAAAAGGCCCGAAAAGACACAGACAAGCUGGAGAAAGAGCUGAAGACCCAUCGUUUAUCUGAUGUCAUGGAUCGUUUGUCUCGAUUAGCUUCAGACAUGGAGGAUGACAUUCACAACUUCAAGACGGCAGCUUCAAAUAUUCGAUACGCUCUCUGCCGCAUUUUGCACAUGUCCAUGUUCCUACAAGAUGAUUCAAGCCACAGCCGAGCUGGAUAUGAAAAGUUAGCCCAUGACAUGGAGGAAGGCAAUCUCACUACCCAAAAGCUGGUCCCUUUGAUGGAGCGAGACUUGAAGCAAUUGGACAGCAGUGCCUCUCGGAUUCUGAAGCACAUUGCGGGUGAGCUUCAACCAUGUUUGCAUGCAGCUACCAACAAUUCUCACACCAGAGGCUUGGUGAGGCUGUUGAUGCCAAACUUCUCGCAGGAUUUAUCAAACCUGAUUUCAGGUGUUAAUCAUGUGAAGGCCCUUUUGCCAAGAUUAAUCUCGCAAAUCGUUACUCCAGCAAAAGGGCCUGGCCUGGGAUAUGAUUGCCGCGCCUUUGGCCUGCUCUACCAGAGGUUUUCAAGCCGUCGAUGUGCCGAUGUGCAGGAAAUCCUGCAAAGCGCUUUGCAGCUGCUCUGUGUCACAUCGUUCGGGAAGCAAGAGGCCGCCUGGCCAAGCAAACCAAGAGCUCGCGCGGCUGCGAAACUGUUCAAGGAGUCCAACGUGACAAACUCCCUUACGCACAGCAUUGAGCGGCCUCCAUUCAAGCCACCGGCAGAGCUGCUGAUUGCAGCACAAGCUGAUCAUUUUUCAAAAGCUAGUGAAGAUGAUGAGAUGUCUGAGCUCGAAAAGAGCUUGAAAAAGCGGCAGCUCAGACGCGAAGUAGCUUGUGCCGUCAACCUUCGGGAACGAUCUGCCCGUUAUGUCUAUGGGCGUGAUAGUGAAGGAUUUGAGGCUCAAAUGCGGCAGGAAGCUCGAGAACUUGCCUCGUCGCAGUUUGGCCCAGAGCUGCUGCAGGCUCUCGGAGAGAUGUACCUAGCGCGCUCUGAGAUCUACUUGGCCAACGAGAUGCAUGGCCGGAUCUCAUUGACCAAGUCCCGAGCAUCAAUGAAGCACAAUAGUCUGGUUCUAAAGCACCGCCUUCGCUUUUACAAGAACGCUGCUGGAAGCCUCAUCAAAGCCGGCAAGGUGUACAGUGCUGCGACAAAGGUUUCCAAGGAAUUGAAGGAAGAGCAACCUGAAUCUCAAUCAGGUGAGCCUCCUGUGACAGAGGAGCAAGCACAGCAGGUUGAAGCUGCGAUGGAUGAUGCUCUGCCACUCUUCCUUCAGACUGCUUGGUCCUACGUGGUCCAAGAUAUCGACCGGACAGUCAGAGAUGUUGGUCGGAAGUUCCUUCAAGACAAAUCUGUGCCGUGGCAGAUUCGGAUCCGGAGAGCGCAGGCCUUGCAGCUUUUGGGCGAAAUUUUCCAAACAGAGGCUGCUGCUGCAAAAUCUGCAGGACAAGAGCCAGGCACAGCCGAUGGCACAGCAAAGGCUGUGCUCCAAGAGGCUAUGCUUGGAGCAAUGAGAUGAGACCAGCCCUUUCCGGCACUGCGUGGCUUAACAGGCAUUAUGCGCCACUUCUGAGGCGUUUUUUGAUUAUCUCCUUGAGUCUUUGAAGAUUCUCAAGUUACCUUUUGCGGCGAUUGCACAGCCAAUGCGCAGCCAGCUCAAUCUUUGGCCACAUUGGGUACGAAACUUUGUACAGGAGCCAAGGCCCAGGCUGCAUAGAGCGAAAGCACAGAACUGAUGUAGAAUGCGGAAA